GCGGGACGCGACCUGGAAAGCCCCCAUUUCUUGUUUUCUGGGGUAUAGGAGAGUCUCUCGCAGUAUUUGUUCUUUGCUUCUCGAUUGAAAAUGGCCGCAACUUUCUUCAAGAGACUCGCUAAGGCCACUCCGAUUGCAUUCAACAAUGCAUUUGGAGGCCAAUCAAGUUCCAGUUUCACUGGCUUCCGCGUUCCCUUUGGAGCAAUGGCAGCAGUCUCUGGUGGGAUCUCUUAUUUCUACUACUUUUCCUCCCCGAACUUGGUUCAUCUAGAUCAAAUCAAUGAACAGCCAGGCCCAAAAAUUGCUCUCAGUCCAGAUAAAUGGGUUGAAUUUAAAUUACAAGACACUGCAAGGGUUAGUCACAAUUCUCAGUUGUUCAGAUUUUCAUUUGAUCCCACUGCCAAGUUGGGUUUAGACAUCGCUUCGUGCAUCCUUACAAGGGCUCCAACAGAACUAGAUCCUGAAGGAAAAACGAAAUAUGUCAUACGGCCAUAUACGCCUAUAUCAGAUCCAGAUGCUAAGGGAUACUUUGACCUUUUAAUUAAGGUGUAUCCAGAAGGGAAAAUGAGUCAACAUUUUGCUAGCUUGAAGCCUGGCGACGUCGUUGAAGUGAAAGGGCCCAUUGAGAAGCUAAGAUACUCUCCAAAUAUGAAGAAACACAUUGGCAUGAUUGCAGGAGGCACAGGCAUUACUCCAAUGCUUCAGGUAGUUGAGGCCAUAUUGAAGAAUCCGGAUGACAACACUCGGGUGUCGUUGCUUUAUGCCAAUGUCUCUCCAGAUGACAUACUGCUUAAACAGAAGCUUGACUCACUUGCUGCCAGCCAUCCAAAUUUUAAGGUAUUCUACACUGUAGACAAUCCAUCAAAGAACUGGAGAGGAGGUGCAGGUUACAUAUCAAAGGAUAUGGUUAUGAAAGGCUUACCAAGUCCUAGCGAUGAUACCCUUAUCCUUGUCUGUGGUCCUCCUGGAAUGAUGAAACAUGUAUGUGGUGACAAGGCUAAAGACUGGUCCCAAGGGGAGCUCACAGGCACACUUAAAGAAGUCGGUUAUACUGAGCAAAUGGUUUACAAAUUCUAAUUGGCAGAAGCAUUGUCACUGGUUAUAUUCAACUAAAACAUUGUGCAAUAAAAGUUUUUACUUGAAAUCCAGAAUAUCAUCCACUUUCUGAUAUGUAUUCAUUUUUCCUGUUGGAGAAACAUAGAACUUUUGUCUUUCAGCACUUUUGUUCAUGUCUUGGGGAGAUUAUUUUAGAAGAAUCUUCUCCUUAGUUUAUAGUUCUCAAAUUCCAUGUUCAUGUUCUUGUUUGAAUAUUUCGUAGGCGUGGAGAAAAAAUCACAUUUUUUAUCUGAA